UUCUCUUUUCCGGCAGUCAAGAAGAAACAAGCAUUUUUCUCGUUGCGUUAAAAGUUACGAUUUAGAGUCGUAAACCGUGGUAAAAUCUAAUCGCUACCCGGUCGUGGUUUAGAAAAGUAGUUCCGCGAGUGUGUAAUGAAUCAUUUGUAUUCAACGCUAGGAUCCAAUUCGUUUGCUAGUUGAGAUGAUUAAAAAAUGAAUGAGGGUGAUUCAGCGGGAGGGCAAAGUGGUCGCAACCUAGCCCUUCCUGCUGGGACUGACCGCAGAACAUCAACCAUCAACAGUACAGGCCAUCUGCCCGUUGGGCCUGUACUUCCUUCAUCACCAAUGUCCCGUAUGCCUGCCGAUGAGAGACAGCAGCAGUUUCAGCAUCUUCAUCAAAUGCAGAGCACUGAAAGACUUUUGAACAAGCCAGUUCAACAACAGCAACAUUUUCCUAAUACAGUAAAUUUGGUUCCAGCAAGCGUUGUAAACGCCGUUUCCCUCACCGGCUGCAAUCAGCAGCAGUUAGGAGUGUCAGCAAAUAACGGAAACAGCACUCUGGUUAGUGUCGUGAGCAAUGUGAACAAUGAAUCGAAGAAUAUACCUGCCAUCGGUGUCCCAGUGGCUAGUGGAGUACGAACGCAAAAUACCGCAAUUAACGCAAGCGGAAGUAGUAGUGCAAGUGGUGUUGUAGUUCCGAAACUACCCGUUAGUACGGUUGGAGCUUAUAGUGGUAACACGAGUGCAAGUAACAUUAAUGCAAGUCUGGGGAACUUAUACGUGCAGACAGCAAGUGGUGGAGUAACAGGUGCCAGAGUAGUUGGGGCAGGUGGAACUAUUGGAACGGUUCCCGUUUCACCAACCGCCCGGAAGCGAAUUAAACUUGAAAACCCUAUCAUUGAAGUGGAACAUGAUAUAUCCGCCUUGAAGAAACUGAUCCUGGAACACAAAUAUAUGAGAUUACGUUGUAUUAAAGAAAAGUACUCCGAACAUGUAGCAGAACUUUUUUUUCUUCAAUCGUGCGGUACUAUGAUGGACUAUCCUGUAUGGAGGAAGAAGCCACAUACUCCAGCAUUUUUAAACUUUAUGCGCACAUAUAAGCUAGAACCAUUAUCGUCAAAUCUGGAGGAAGCAGGGGAGAUAUUAAAACAACAGCAAUCGAAUCGAUCGCUGUCACUUACAACCAAUUCAACAAGUUUGCCACAAGGAGCUGAAAUCAAGAUUCCAGGCGUUGGUGCGACUCCUGUAGCCGUAUCGACGCAACUACCGGCCGCAGUGGCUCAACUGAGUCAACAGGGUGGCACUCCGAUUAUACCCGAUCCAAUCGGUAUCGGGGCAACCACAAUUGUCGAACGGAAGAAGCAAGUCCUAGGCAUACCCACAACAGCCACGGCUUCCUCUACCAUUCGAAUUCCUGUCCUGGAACUGGAUUCUACCAGUACAUCUGGGACGAACAGUAAUUCCACUUCCGCUUGUGGGAACAAUGGAACAUCGAGCCAUCAGCAAAACGGUGAAGCACCAUCCAAUACCGCGAGUAGUAGUGGUGGCAAUGGCCAGGAUAUAUACACGAAUCGAGCCAAACAGGAGGUGUAUGUGAUGCAAAGGAUACAGGAACUCCAGAAAGAAGGUUUAUGGAGCGAAAAGCGACUUCCCAAAGCGCAAGAGCCCCAGCGGCCAAAGGCACAUUGGGAUUAUCUUUUGGAGGAGAUGGUAUGGCUGGCAGCUGAUUUUGCUCAGGAGCGCAAAUGGAAGAAAGCUGCGGCGAAGAAGUGCGCUCGAAUGGUCCAAAAACAUUUCCAGGAUAAAGCGAUGGCCGCUCAGCGAGCUGAAAAAGCACAAGAACUUCAGCUCAAACGAAUUGCGGCUUUUGUUGCGAAAGAGAUCAAAAUUUUUUGGGGGAAUGUCGAAAAGUUGGUUGAGUACAAACAACAAACCAAACUGGAUGAAAAACGCAAGAAAGCUCUCGAUCAACAACUUAGCUUCAUUGUAGAUCAAACAGAGAAAUAUUCCCAACAAUUGGUGGAGGGUAUGAACAAAACUCCAGCGUUGGCAGAUCGUAAUACGAGCAAAGCAAACAGUCUAAACUCCAGCCGAAUAUCUUCACCGCUCCCGAAAAAUGUUUCCGACGAGGAAUUUCAUCCAGAUACCGAGAAUUCUGACGACGACGAAGAAACCAUCGCCAAGGCUGAAGCAGAAGCCACGGGAACGAAUGAAGAGGUGGCGGCUUUGCAGCGGGAGUCAGAAAUGGAUCUUGAUGACUUCCUCAAAAAUCUCCCUAAAGAUUAUCUCGAGAAUAGAGACAAGAUUUUGCUAUCGGAGCAUGGAGAUAGUGGGAAGGAGAGCGAGGAAAAUGAUAAAGAUUUCACAGCUGAUGAAGACAGCACCGACGAUGAGGAUACCAUUAUGGAACAGGAAAAACAGGAAAAGGACAACGAUCAUCGUAAAGAGAUCGACGAGUUGAAUGCGGAAAAUGAAAUGAGUAUCGAAGAACUUAUGAAAAAAUAUGGACAUCCGCCCAAAACUGAAGAAAAAAUGGAAGUGGAUUCAGAUGACAGUCAAAGUGACGUCGAGGACGAGUCCAAACUGUCGAGUUCUGAGCAGAACUCAGAGGAAGAGCAAAACUCGUCGUCAUCGGAUGAAAAUGUGGAACAACAGGACCUAAAUGAGGGAGAGGAUAUCGGCCUCAAGCUUCUUUUGGACGAUGAGAUGGCUAAAAAAAGCCAGAGUGAGAAGGACGAGAUGCUUAAUGAUGCGGCUGCCAUUGCUGAAAGUAUCCAACCGAAGGGAAAUACGCUUUCUUCGACCAGUGUUGUCACGCCAAUCCCGUUCUUAUUGAAGCACACUCUACGAGAGUACCAGCAUAUAGGGCUCGAUUGGUUAGUGACUAUGCACGACCGUAAACUGAAUGGGAUCCUAGCGGACGAGAUGGGCUUGGGAAAAACAAUUCAAACCAUUUCGUUGCUAGCGCACUUGGCUUGCAUGAAGGCUAACUGGGGACCGCACCUAAUUAUUGUUCCAUCUUCUGUAAUGCUCAACUGGGAAAUGGAAUUCAAGAAGUGGUGUCCAGGUUUCAAAAUUCUCACAUACUAUGGCUCCCAAAAAGAGCGAAAACUGAAACGGACAGGAUGGACGAAAGUGAAUGCAUUCCAUGUGUGUAUAACAUCGUACAAGCUAGUGAUACAGGACCAUCAAAGUUUCAGGCGAAAAAAGUGGAAGUAUCUCAUUCUGGAUGAGGCACAGAAUAUAAAGAACUUCAAGUCACAGCGCUGGCAGUUACUGUUAAAUUUCCAAACCGAACAGCGCCUUCUGCUAACCGGAACUCCACUGCAAAACAACUUGAUGGAACUGUGGUCGCUGAUGCAUUUCCUAAUGCCUCAUGUGUUCCAAUCCCAUCGGGAGUUCAAAGAAUGGUUCUCCAACCCGAUGACUGGUAUGAUUGAAGGCAACUCGGAGUACAACGAGACGAUAAUCAAACGCCUUCAUAAGGUAUUACGGCCAUUCUUGUUGCGGCGGCUGAAAGCGGAGGUGGAGAAACAAAUGCCAAAGAAAUAUGAACACGUUGUCAUGUGUCGGCUGUCUAAGCGACAGCGAUUUCUUUAUGACGAUUUCAUGAGUCGCGCAAAAACGAAGGAAACACUUGCUUCCGGUAAUUUGCUAAGUGUCAUCAAUGUGUUAAUGCAACUUCGGAAAGUUUGCAAUCAUCCAAACAUGUUCGAAGAGAGACCAACUAUUUCGCCGUUCAGAAUGGAAGGAAUUAGUUUUCGGACAGCUUCGCUUGUUUACAACAUGCUUAAUUAUGAUCCGUUCACUCAAAUAGACUUGUCCUCUCUGAACCUGAUUCUGAUCAAAAUAGAACUAGUGCUAUCUGCGUAUGUGGCACAUCGGUCGCAUCGAUUAUGUAUGCCGAAACGGCUCAUAGAAGAGAUCGAUUCUAUGCCGGAAAUUGCACCGCGUUGCCCGACAGGAAAACUAAAGUUGCACGUUAGGAUUCCUAGUUUGCGAGUGCAGGAAACGUUGAGCAACAACAGUACGGCAGUAAAAGUUGGCACAAGUCCAGCAAUGAAGACUGAAGGAACACGAUUAGUUCCACUUGUAAAAUCUUCGUUAGUAGAUAGGAAGCCUUUAAUCGAGGAGAUUAGUUGGCAGACAGGCGGUGAUUCAUCGUCGCCAGAUGUAAAUUUACGUAAAAGAUGUGAUAUAAUUAGUCCUAACAAUAGUAGUAAUAAACACAAUAGUUCUCCAAGGAACAGAACAAGUGCUGGACACGUUGCUCAGAUAACACAUACAUCUGCUGGAAAGCAAACAACGUUAGCGCCGAACAAUAGGGGCCCAAUGCCAACUCCUUUAGUUACAACUAGUAGUCUGCGUGUGUCGGUUGUUAAUCGCACAAACACACCUGCUCCUGGGAGCGCUGCUACGGGAGUAACAAACAAUCAAACGGCAACAAGUGAAGUGAAUCCAAUCUCAACAUCACUAGCGACAUCGAUAGUACAACAACUUAGGCAUCAUUCCUAUUCAACGAAUGUCUCAUUGAUGUCUGAAGAACUAGAGCAGAAAGUUCGUACAGAGUUUUAUUUGUCGAGCGUUGAAGAAUCCCGCAAAGAGCGAAGGGGGCAAAUUCUAGAACUGUUAGGACGAAUCAAUCAGAAACGCUGUGAUGCGGCACCAAUAUACGGUGAAGAUCUGCGUGAGGCUAUAAGUAAAGCUAGUGACGAAAAAUUCCUGGAUGUCGAUUCGGUUCCCAUUAUCUCAGUUGCAUCCUUCCAUUGCCGAGAGCUAUCACGAGAUAGGUGUUGGAGUUUUGCGAACGCUUUCAAAUCUGUCGAACAGCGAAUGGAGCAAUUCCGCUCGAUAUUCAACAAUUUUGUCAUUUAUGUACCUGCUGUUUGUGCCCCUGCCCCAAGCAUCCAUGUUUCCCAUCCGAACCCUUCGCGAGCAAACGAGGAACACGAAAAACACGAAACGCUUCAGACCGUCCUUAAACCAACGCUGAAAAUGCUGCAUCCGAUUAUUUCUGCAAUGUGUACUCAGUUUCCUGACCCACGUCUCAUUCAGUAUGAUUGUGGUAAACUGCAAACAUUAGACCGGUUGCUAAAGCAGCUCAAAUCGGGAGGACACCGGGUGUUGAUUUUCACUCAAAUGACCCGUAUGCUGGAUGUUUUGGAGGCUUUCCUUAACUAUCAUGGCCAUAUUUAUCUGAGGCUAGAUGGGACAACUAAAGUCGAACAAAGACAACUGCUGAUGGAACGUUUUAACGGAGAUCGACGCGUGUUUGCGUUCAUUCUUUCUACCCGAUCCGGUGGUGUUGGCAUCAAUCUCACCGGAGCAGAUACUGUGAUAUUUUACGAUUCUGAUUGGAAUCCCACCAUGGACGCACAGGCACAAGAUCGGUGUCACAGGAUCGGUCAAACGAGAGACGUUCAUAUAUACCGGUUGGUUAGCGAAAAGACCAUCGAAGAGAAUAUUUUGAAAAAAGCCAACCAGAAAAGAAUUCUUGGCGAUUUAGCGAUCGAAGGUGGUAAUUUUACCACAGCUUACUUCAAGAGUUCAACCAUUCAGGACUUGUUCACGGUGGACAGUGCGGAGGAAAAUGCCUCUGCGCGGCUUGCCGAAGUCGUCGAUCGCGAGAAAGAGCGCAAAGAUCGGUACCUACAUCAUUCGGUUACUUCUGGGAUGUCGGCCAACGAGAAUACGGUAGUGGCCAGUAGCAGUUCUGUGCUCGAAGAGAACAAAUCUGCCAUUAACGUUUUCGAAUCGGCACUGGCAGCGGCUGAGGACGAUCAGGAUGUUCAGGCUGCUAAGUUUGCUAAAGCCGAGGCUUCGGCCGAUCUUGAUGAAUUCGAUGAAAAUAUUCCGAUCGAUCAGGACCCGAGAGAGAAGGAACCGGAAAUGAGCAAAGCCGAGAAGGAGGUUCAAAAUCUUAUCAAGCAGCUGAGUCCUAUUGAAAGAUACGCAAUGCGAUUCGUUGAGGACACCGAAGGCACCUGGACGGCUGUACAACUGAAGGCUGUGGAAGCGGAAAUAGAACAACAAAAGCGCGAAUGGGAGGCCAAUCGAUUGGCUCAGCAAAAGCGUGAAGAAGAAGCUGCUCGGAAACAAGAGGCGGAAGAGAGUGAACUAUUGACGUUUUCACGGGAGGAUGCAAACAACCAGAUUUGGAUAUCGGAUAACACAAUGGAAAAGAUGCCGAUGUGGUGCCCUCCGACGCCACCCCAAGACGAUAACGAUAUUUAUGUGGAUUAUUCGCUUGGCUUUCUGUACGAGACGGACACUAUCCCGGAGUCACAGCUACCGGCGGUUUAUGUUAAGAAAGAAUAUAAGCGAAGCCGUUCGGAAGCAGGAUUUUACCCGGAUGGCAGACGACCUGGGAAAAUUCGCAAAGAAGACACUUACUAUGCUCCACGAUCUCUGUUCGAUCGUCCAUCGCCACAAAUUGCUAAAUUGCGUAAAGAUUAUAAAUUACAACGAUACAAGGGAAUCAUCAAACCCUUCCCAAUGGCGGGUCUCAAGCCAACCAUGCCGGUUAAACAGCUAGCUGAACCGGAAGGCAUGCCUGAAUGGAUGAUACAUGAAGAUAUGACAAUGUUGAAUGUAAUUCAGAAUCUUCAAGGGUUACCGUUGAACUUGAUGCUGGUUUCUCCGGGUCAUACGCCGAAUUGGGAUCUAGUAGCAGAUAUUGUUAAUCAAAGUUCGAAAACCUUCCGGCCACCGAAGCAAUGUCGAUAUCGCUACGAAGCAGUCAUUAUCCCACGCGAAGAAGGAAAAUUGUUGGAGAGCCCGAAAAAGCAGAAGAAGAACAAAAAUCCAUUGAAACAGUCUUCCCCGAAGGGAAUGCGAGCGAUGCGUACGGCUCAACUGUAUACAUCCGACGGGAACAGUUCCUACAUAAAACUAGCAAAACAGAAAUUUGAUAACAUAAAACUUGCAUUUAGUAAGAAGGCUCCGCAAGCGAAACAGAUGAUCGCUAAUCCACAAAUGAAGAAUCCCAAGCAUGCAGCUGUGUUGGGGGUGUACGGAAUCACCAAUUAUGAUGCUCCUCUAACUCCCGUUGAAAUUGCUACCAGACGAGCGGAAAGGAUAUCGAAAGAAAAGCAGAAGAACGUCGUUUUGAUGCAGAGUCAAGAGCAGCUCGUUCAGUCACAGCAGCACGUUCAACAAGUUCAGCAACAGCAACACACCCAAGUGCAACAACAAAUACAGCAAGUUGUUCAACCGCCUCAAGCACAUGUUAUCCAACAGCAAGUGCAACAGCAAAUCCAAAUCCAACCACAUGUACCUCAACAUGUCGCGACUGCAACUGCGGGAAGUCAAAUGCAACAAGCUACGAUUGUUGUGAGUGGUAUUGGUACGAGCGCUUCUGCAGUGGCGACACUAGUUCAAGCGCCCUCAAAUCAAGCUGGUCGUGCUCAGUCUGUAGUAAACAUCUGUCCUACACCCAAUCAACACCAGAUAGUGAAAGCAAUUGUAGCCAGUUCAGCUAAUCAGAAUAUCAUUACUCAGCAGUUGGCCGUUGCACAAAAUAGUCCCCAGCAGCAGGUUUCAGUUGUCUUGACUACUCCGGUAACCACAAUGUCCACAAACCAGGUACAGCUUUCACAACCACAGAUUGUGUCGAUCCAUCAAUCUUCAUCGCAAAUUAUACCGAGCAAUCCAACGAUUACACAAUCGUCCAACAGCGUGGUUCAAACCCUAGCGACCCAAUCGUUGCCACAGGUAGUAUCUGUCGCUCAAUUGGCGACUGUAGGAACUGUUAUGACAACUGCAACAAUUCAACAGCCGCAAGUAACAACACUUACUACGUCUGCCUUGAGAGCUCAGCGUAUCGUUGCUCCUCCGGGAACAUUACAAGAAGUGGUUCUUCAUCAACGCUCGGGCUCACAAAGUCCCACCGUAGUGAGUGUGAGUGGAUUGGGGCAGAGCUUAACCCAGGCGCAGUUGCAAACUGCUCAGCUACGAUUAUCCAUGGCUGGUGGGCAGCAAGUUUCCGGUGUUGUGGCGAAAGGAAUAUCUAUGGGCACGGUAACUAGUGCAGGGAAACCUAUAAACACUUCUCAGAUUCAAUUCUAUCGUCAACAACCGAUUAGGCAGCAGUUGAAGGUUUUGCAUCCGAAUUCUGCCCAAGGUACGACCACGACAGUACUUCAACAGGGUACUGGUCAACCAACGUUGGUGAGCCCAGCAAUAAUUCAGGGAAAUAUCAUUCAAACAGGUGCCGUUGGACAAGCUGUACAAGUACAACAAACAGCUCAAAAGGUUUCGGUUGCCACGGUAAGUACCACCAACGCUGCUGUGAGUGGGGUAUCAACGCAAGCAGGAACUAUUGCCACAGUCCAGGUGGCUCCUGGACAACAACGGACUCAAUUUAUCAAACAGGUUGGCACGAAACAAAUGAUAACCACUCGGCAGGUGACUGAAAAUGAAAUGCAGCUUAUGGUGAAAAGACAAAUCAUCAGUCAGCAACAUAAGCAACAACUGAUGCCACAGGCGCAGAUUUUUGCACCGGCAAACUUACAAGUGCAACAGGCGGGUACAUCUGGUCAGCAAAUUACGACGCUAGUUAAAACCUCCAGUGGUACUGUGGCGGCAACGGGAAUGACCUUAUCGCAGGUUAAACCAGGCCAAAUCAAGACAAUCAGCAAUCAGAGCCAGGUGCGACAACUCCAGCUGCAGCAACAGAUAAUCGCAGCUCAGCAGCGGAAGGGUGGAAAAAUGACUCAAAUCACACAAGUAGCGGGGAAAUCUGGUCAGCCAACGCAACUGUUCGUUCAAGGCCCUAAAAAUCUUCCAGCGGGAACGGUUACCGUACAACAGAUACAACAAGUAAUUCGGCAUGCUCAGCCGGCUUCCCUAGCUGCGGGUGGACAAAUAGUGCUGGGUAAAACAAGUGUUGGAAGAGUUAUCCCAGUAUCGGUCUCGCAGCAACCCAAUCAGAGACAAACAAUUCAGGUGGUAACGGCUACAUCAGCUGCUCAGGCGAUAGCUGCCGGUAACAUUCGGGCUCAUGUACCUACACAAAAUAUCGGAACCAUCAAGGUGGCAGCUGGAGCAACACCCGCGCAACAACAACAGGCGAUCCUAACAGCGCUACAAAACACACAAAACCAACGUCAGAACGCAAGUCCGGUUCGGUUACAAACACCCAGUGGUUCACUUGUGGCCGUGACGGUUCAGCAAUCCCAAGUCGUGUCCGCUACCCCCAAUAACGAUAUUCAGCAAACGCAACAACUGAACACAGGAGGAGGCCUAUCACAGCAGCAACACACGCAACAAGCUGCGUCACAAGUUCUACAGAUUCAAGCUUCUCAGCAGCAAAUAAUUACAUCAUCCGCUGGGACUGUUACUUGCACGAUUGGUGAUGGAACCGCUGCAGCUGUACAAGCAGCACAACAGCAACAGACUCAGAUUACAGCGCAACAAGUUCAAGUACAACAGGCUACUUCAGCACAGCACCAGGUGAGUAUGAUAAAAAAGAAGCCAUCGCCUGGUGGGAAAUAGGACAGGCUCUCACACUCGAUAGGUGUGAUCACGUUGAGGAGGAACCCAUUUAUCAGUCAGUUUUGUUAAAACUCUCAAAAGUGGAUAGGCAUAACAAUAUGAUGGAGUAUUAUUGUGAACAGAAUUAUCACAUUGACCAAAAAAAAUAAACAACGAAAAAAUAGUUCUGUUCUCGCUUGGUGAUUCUACACAAAGACUAUUGAAGAUGUGUUCCUCGUUUAUGGAAGCAGCAGUGUUAAGUUGUACCGAUUCACAACCUUACAUUUUAACACUGUUCUUCGGUAUUCUCUUUCUAGCCUAAUUAAUGUGUCUCAGGUUCUUCAAGGAUAUUCACGCUUAUUCUUUGUCAAAUGGGUACAAUUCAAAUGAGAAAUUAACUGUCCCUACCCCUACCUACCUACUACUAUCGCUUUGUAAUAAACUAGAGGAAGUUAAUCUCAGCUGUAUAUGCUAAUAUGCUACGGUAAAACAUUUUAAAAAGGGUCAACUUUUGUUCAUUAUAGUGUAAAGUGAUAAUAAUAAAAAAGAACUGUAAUUCUGUUUUUUAAUGAUGCUCUUAUUUGUCAUUGAACAAAUAUCGAAUCGAUGUUAGUUUGAUGUGCGAACAACUAUUGAAACGCAGUUUCUUUUUGUGGAACUUUUCGAUGAGAAAAAUGAAUCAGGAAUAAGAUUAUAUGUUUGACAAACAAGGCUCGAAAAGUGAACAUUCAGUAUGAUGUGUACUAUUUGUUUUAGACAAUGUUUCAUUUAAUGAUUCAGUUACUUUGCAUAAUGGUGCAUACCGGUUUUAAUGUGAAAUAGGCAGGUGUUACUUUAAAGUCGAACCAUAAAAUAAAAAUUUCAUCUCUAA